AUGGCAUCAUCCAAACCGUUCAGCAUCGUGCCAGCAAGCGUACAACAACAACCAGCACCAUUUGAGUUGCAUAUUGAGGAACAAAAGUUGCAGGAAUUUAAGACACUGCUAAAACUCAGUCCAAUCGCCAAGGAGACGUAUGAGAACAAACAGAAUGAAGGGGGGCAUGGCAAAUUUGGAGUGAGUCGGAAGUGGAUAGUGGAUGCGAAGAAGCAGUGGCUUGAAGUCUUUGAUUGGCGCAAAGAGGAAGACCAUGUCAACUCCUUUCCUAACUUCAAGAGCGUAAUCAGCGAUGACGAUGGCCACAAGUACGACGUCCACUUCGCCGCUCUUUUCUCCAACAAACCAGACGCUAUCCCUAUCGGCUUCUACCACGGCUGGCCUGGCUCUUUUCUCGAGUUCUUACCAAUGCUGGACAUCUUGCGCAAAAAAUAUACGCCAGAUACCCUGCCAUACCACGUCAUCGUGCCCUCACUUCUCGGGUAUUCCCUUUCGUCUCAACCGCCACUAGACAAGGACUGGAGGGUUGCUGACACUUCGCGCAUCAUGCACAAGCUCAUGCUAUCCUUGGGCUUCGGUACUUCAGGCUACCUUGUACAGGGCGGUGACAUUGGCAGUGCAGUUUCGCGAGAGCUUGCAAUGACGUAUGCUGAAUGCAAAGGCAUGCACCUCAACUUCUUCUACAAUCAGGACGUGAGGACGUAUUCUUCACCUGAGGAUAAGAUUAGUGAGGCCGAGAAAAAGGGGUUAGAGAGAACAGACGAGUUCUUUACUGUAGGGUUUGCAUACGCCUUCGAGCAAGGGACAAAGCCCUCUACUAUCGGUCUUGUACUAUCCAGUUCCCCUAUUGCCCUCCUGUCUUGGGUUGGGGAAAAGUUUCUUGCGUGGACCGAUCCUUCUACUACACCGUCCGUUAACACCAUCUUAGCGGAUGUUACACUAUACUGGUUGACUGGAUGCUAUCCGACAUCAAUUUACCCGUAUAGAAGGACUGGCAACACGACGUAUGUAGAUAAGCCCGUAGGCUUCAGCUGGUUUCCCUACGAGGUUGCGCCGAUUCCUAAGGCUUGGUUCGAGAAGACAGGCAAUGUUGUUUUUUACAGGGCACAUGAGGCAGGUGGCCACUUCGCUGCGCUGGAAAGGCCACAGACGUUAUUGACCGAUGUGGAAGAGUGGGCCAAGACCGCGUGGAAAUAAAAGGGGGAGUUUUGCUGAGGUUAGUGGGCUCCAUCGGGGUCUUGCAUUGAACCAAGUACGGCCUGAAGGCAGG